CAGAGAAAGACCUGGAAGCUGCAAAUUCUUCCCUUCGACUCCAACCGUGCAGUACAGUAACCAGAAAGCAGGAAUCUAGGGCAAACGUAGAUGUCGAAGAUUGUUGCUGGAAAAGGUGAAUCGGGAAGUUCUGUUGUUGUUUGAUUUGGACAAGGUUCACCUUUAUUUCACCAAAUCACAGGAAUUGAAUUAGAGGAGCUGAAUUUGUCUGUUUCUUGAAGAAUUUCAGAGGUUUGAAGUGCCAAAUCAGUUCUUCCUAGCUGGGCUGACCCCGUUCUCGGAUCUAGAAUAUAUAUAUCUGAAAUUGGUCAAAUUGAAAUUGGUUUUGAUUGUGAGAAUGGCAGCAAUUGUUGUAAUGAUCUUUUUGAUGAAAAAUUUGAAAGAUGCUUCUUGAAUACUUAAUAAUGGGUUCAAAUAAAUAUACUUGAAACAGCUGCAAGGUAUUGUUUGGGUUGGUUGUGCUAAGCUUGACUAAUAAAGGCCAGAGAUGGGAAGGCUACUUUUCUAUGAAAUACUUGAAAAACCAGCAACAAGUUGUAUUAUAGCAAUAUGUAUGGUGAUCUGGUACUAUGUACAAAAGAAAAACAUUGGGUAUGCACAACUGGGUUUGAGUUAUGAAACAGCUAUGGAAGGGUACCAUUGGAGGAUAAUAACUUCAGCAUUCUCUCAUAUAAGUGUGCUUCACCUGGUUUUCAACAUGAGUGCCCUUUGGAGUCUCGGGGUCGUAGAGCAGAUGGGCCAUAUGGAUCUUGGGGUUGAGUUCUAUCUCCAUUAUACUCUUGUCUUGGUAGUCGUAUCAGGUGUUCUUGUCCUGGGGGCUUACCAUAUUUUGAUCCAAAAGUUCAAGCUAGAGUAUUUUCGAAGAGUGACAGCUGUUGGGUACUCGUGCGUUGUGUUUGGGUGGAUGACUAUCCUUUCUGUGAAGCAGCCUUCAUCUAAAUUGGAUCUGUUUGGAUUUUUUUCACUGCCUAUCAGCUUUGCACCAUUUGAAUCCCUUAUCUUGACUUCAAUAAUUGUUCCCCAGGCAAGUUUUCUGGGCCAUUUAUCAGGAAUUAUUGUUGGGUACUCUAUUGGAUGGGGUUUGAUACAUGGAAUGAACAAUUACUGGGCAAUUUCAAUGCUUGGGUGGAUUGUACUGGCAUUUGUCUUCAGUUUAAAGAGGUCUGGUGCUUUUGACUUGAGCUCUAUCGAGAUUGAACCUCUUACGGAUCCAUCGUUGCCUUCUGUGGGUUUUCUUGCAUCAGGAAAUGGUAGAACACUACAGAUGAGUGCACUACCACUGGAAGGUGCUGAAUUUGUGUAACUACUGAGAAAGACUAUGCACCAGAUUUCCCCCUUAUUCCCCUGAUGAUGUCUUGACUUACUUGGGAAUGAACCCAUAUACCAUGUUAAGUACCUCUGUGAAUCCAGCAGCUUUUGGAACUGCAAGGAGUUCAAGUCCUGUACUAAGCAGUGAAGUCUGUCAUACACUAUUUUGUUUUAUCAUGACAGGGGUUUCAAUGCUGCUCCUGAACUCAUUUUUCAGAAAGAUAGCUGUUCUUGUUGCCUAACACCUUAUGCAUGUUUGGAGGUUACUUUUCUUGUCCCAUGCUUGUUUUUAAUAUUUUGGAAGUUUUAGCUUAUUGGGUUAUGACCGUUUGAAAUAAUCAUUAUUUCGAUAAUGCGUGUUAUUUAUAAUGAAGUGGAAAUCCCAUGUAGCCCAUUUGCGGCUAUUGCAUUUGUAGUGUAUGACUUUGGGGAACUUCUCGUUAA